AUGAAGUGGUUACUAACUAUCCUAGCCAUCAACAUCCUGAAUGCAUACGUCGCAGAGAAGAAUCCCAAGCUUCUUCAGAACCUGAGGUUCCACUCAAACAACUUUGAAAACAUCUUGAAAUGGGAGAAUGUCCAGGGAGGCCCUCCAGAUACAGUCUAUAGUGUGCAGUAUAAAAGGUAUGGAGACUCAAAAUGGAAGCCCAAGGAGGAGUGUCAGAACAUUACCCAGACAUUGUGCAACCUGACCUAUGAGACCAGAGACACCGAGGAGCAGUACUUUGCCAAGGUGACAGCCUUCAGCCAAGGCCGUGGAGGCAUCGUAGAGUGGAGGCAGACAACAAGGUUCAGUGCCUGCCGAGACACGCUCUUUAAGCCACCGCUGGUGACCUGCGUCCCCAGCGUACGGUCUGUCAAGCUCAUUGUGCAUCCCUCGCCCACUGCCCUCUGGACCAGCGAUGGCCACCAGCAAACUCUGGAAGAGAUAUUCCCAGACCUGUUCUAUCGCCUUCAGCUGCACAUCAACCAAACUUACCAAAUGGACUUUGAAGGGAAGGAAAAAGAAUAUGAAUUCUUUGGCCUGGCUCCAAACACAGACUACGAGGGGGUCACCAUGAUUGUCGUCCCCAACCCUUUCAAGGAGAGUGCCCCCUAUACAUGCCGAGUGAGGACACUGGCAGACCGUACAUGGUUGUAUUCCUUCUCAGGAGUGUGCCUGUUCACCAUGGGCUUCCUCGUAGCUGUGCUUUGUUACCUGAGCUAUCGAUAUGUCAAGAAGCCUCCUAAACAGCCCAACUCACUGGAUGUCCAGAGAGUGUUGACUUUUCAGCCACUGAGAUUCAUCCAAGAGCAUAUCUUGAUCCCAGCCAUCGAUUUUGGCAGUUCUGGGGGUCUGGUUCCCCCAAUCCAAUACUCCCAGGUGAAGAUGCCUGGGGCCAGAGAGACCCUAGGUGCUCCAUUGCCCCCUGGCCUGCCUGAGAUCACCUACCUUGGACAGAGUGAGAUACCCAUUCCUGUCCUCCUGGCUCAUCAAGCUCUUCACCUACCACCCUAUGCCCCUCAGUCAAUCCCAGAGGUGGGACCCCCUUCUUAUGCCCCACAAGUGGCUCCUGAGACAAAGCCCCCAUCCUAUGCCCCUCAGGCCCUCCCUGAUCAAUGGCCCCCAAGUUAUGGAGCCUGCAUGGAGGACUCAGGGGGAAGAAUGUCCCCGCAGCAGGAUGUGAACCUCAGAUGUUUCAACGGGACAAUGGGACAAUCUCAGCCCAAGCAGAACCCAGCUGGAGCCCUGUUGCCAAAUUCCCAGACAGAGGAAUGCCAGAAUUUCAGAGGAAAAGAGUUCUUCCAUCAGCCCCCAGAACUCCAGAUAGAGCGGCCACCCAGCCUAGCCCUGCCCCUGGUUCACCCAACUGGUUCACUGGAGUCAAUAGCUCCAGGAUACUUAAGCAACCAAACCUCUUUGCUUUCCUCUGUCCAGGUAGAAGACCACCCCCUUUCCCUCCCCUCCUCUACACCUUCCCUCCUAUUUCAGCCCAAGGAGCAGAUUGAGGGAGCUUGGGGCCUGCUAGAUUCUGUAGUGUGUCCCAAGGAUGAAGUUCCUUCUCCAGAACCUGAGGGGGGCUGCCUAGGGCAGUCUACAGAGCUUGAUUUGCUCUUCAGAGAUUUGGACCUCACAGUACAAUGGGAGCCCUGA